UCAUAUCUAGGCCAAUGCUUGAUGUACACUUAUAAUAACUUAUCUGCAAUAAUAGGGAUUACAGAGCAACUGUUAGAAAAGAAAACAUUAUGGUGGUGCAUAACUCGGUUUUUAUGGUGGACAGAAGUGUGGUAUUUUAAGGUUCCAAUACAUCCUGAACCAGAACAGCAACUCACAUGGUCCUCUCCACUGAUCGGUUCCUUAGCUCCUGUUAUCUGAACCUGCUCCAGUGUUGGUCAAGUCUGGCCUUCAAUUCGCUCACACUCUGUGCGUCACAACGCUCAUUGGCAGAUUGUUCCAAGAGUUCACAACUUGUGCAACAGUACUCCAAAAAAAAUUGCUCUCAAGUUUCUGGAGUCCUGGCUUCUUCAACCUUAAACUGUGACCCCCGGCCCCUUGUAAGUGGACGUCCACCAGCUCGAGUUCUGAGUAUGGUUGAAGAAGGAUCAGUGAACAUAGAGGACCUGCCUCCACUGGCUGACAUAGAUGAGGAAGUUGGAGAAUAUUUCUUUGAGUCUGACCCUUUAGCUCUUAAGGAUAACCCAGACUACCAGCAGUUGAUCAAGGCCAUGGUCAAGCUACAAGCACAGCGUGCCAAGGCAGUUAAGGAUAUGGAGCGACUUCAAGAGGCUAGAGAGGAAGCGCUCCAAGACCCCUUGGGGUUUGUAACAUCUUUACAAAAUGGUGAUUCUUUGAAUCUUCCUGGUCCACAGGAAAUUAUUCAGAUUCCACACAUUGAUUGGGAGAAAUAUAAUGUUAAAUCCAUCACACAAGGAAUGAGACCUAAAACGCGGAAGAGAGUCCUUCAGGAGAACUUAACUGCACAGCAACCAGUCCAGGAAAGCAAAGAUCCUGUUACUGACGAUGGAAAGAUUAUGGUACGUGGAAGAUUAUAUGAUGGAAGCAAACCACAGACAUUCAAUCAAUCCUGGACUGAUGAGGAACAGCGCAAACUUGAAGAACUGCUUAUCAAGUAUCCAGAUGAAUCCAUUGCUUCUCAUCGAUGGGUUAAGAUUUCGAAAGAACUUGGUACACGAACACCACUUCAAGUUCAAAGUAGAGUCCAAAAGUAUUUCAUAGCCCUCAAACGUGGAGGGCUACCAGUUCCAGGCAAAAAUCCAAGAUCAGCUGUUUUGAGAAAAGCGGUAAGAAAUUACAGUCACAACGCUUCAGAUUAAUUUGAGUAGAGUAUACAAAGGCAUCACACCUGUUUCCCCACGUGGCCUUCCAUUAAUGGGUCAUAUUCUUCCAUGAUAUUUUCACUGUGUUUAUGUGGUAUGGGAAAACCUAUGAAAAUUUGAUUUAAAACUUACAGGCAUAGUGUAAUUGGAAUUUUAACUGCCCUCUACAGGUAUUCCUCACUAAAUGAAGGGAAUAGGUUCCUUGAAAACCAUUCAUUACAUGAAUGUUCAUAUACGUAUUGAAAACAUAACAUCGGAAAAAAAUAGGGUUCGGUUCUCCAAUGACAAGAAACCCCAACAUCAUAUGAAAAAUUUAUGAAAUGGGUUCACAAAUAACGAAAAAGCCUAUGUAAUUAACUUAAAUUAAUAACUAACUGCUGUACAUUACUGAAAUUUCGUACCUGACUACAAGAAAUCCAAAAAAAAAUUAAAUUGAUUAACAAAACCUACCAAACUCUUGUAUAUUAGUACAGUAAAGCCUCUAAUAACGACGGCAAUG